GCUCUCGGGCGCGCGCCCGCAUGGCGCCUGCGCAGAAAGACGUGGGACAAGCGCGCCCCGGGGCGGUCCCGGCGCAUGCGCGCUGCGGGCUCCGGGUCCUCCCGGCCCGAGGGAGAGGAGCAGGGAAGAUGGCGGCCGUGGUGGAGAAUGUCGUGAAGCUCCUCGGGGAGCAGUAUUACAAAGAUGCCAUGGAACAGUGCCACAAUUACAAUGCCCGCCUUUGUGCUGAGCGUAGCGUACGCCUGCCUUUCUUGGACUCACAGACUGGAGUAGCACAGAGCAACUGCUAUAUCUGGAUGGAAAAGCGACACCGGGGUCCAGGGUUGGCCUCUGGGCAGCUGUACUCCUACCCUGCCCGACGCUGGAGGAAAAAGCGACGAGCCCACCCGCCAGAAGAUCCUCGACUCUCCUUCCCAUCCAUUAAACCAGACACAGACCAGACCCUGAAGAAGGAAGGCCUUAUCUCUCAGGAUGGCAGCAGUUUAGAGGCUCUCCUGCGCACUGACCCUCUGGAGAAGCGAGGUGCCCCAGAUCCCCGAGUUGAUGAUGAUAGUCUGGGCGAGUUUCCUGUGACCAACAGUCGGGCUCGGAAGCGGAUCCUAGAACCAGAUGACUUCCUGGAUGACCUUGAUGAUGAGGACUAUGAAGAAGACACCCCAAAGCGUCGAGGCAAAGGCAAAGCCAAGGGUAAAGGUGUGAGCAGCGCCCGUAAGAAGCUGGAUGCUGCCAUCCUGGAGGACCGGGACAAGCCCUAUGCCUGUGACAUUUGUGGGAAACGUUACAAGAACCGGCCAGGCCUCAGUUACCACUAUGCCCACUCCCAUUUGGCUGAGGAGGAGGGUGAAGACAAGGAAGACUCUCAGCCUCCCACGCCUGUUUCCCAGAGGUCCGAGGAGCAGAAAUCCAAGAAAGGCCCUGAUGGAUUGGCCCUCCCCAACAACUACUGUGACUUCUGCUUGGGGGACUCGAAGAUCAACAAGAAGACCGGACAGCCUGAGGAGCUGGUGUCCUGUUCCGAUUGUGGCCGCUCAGGCCACCCGUCUUGCCUCCAGUUCACCCCCGUGAUGAUGGCAGCAGUGAAGACCUACCGCUGGCAGUGCAUCGAGUGCAAGUGCUGCAACAUCUGCGGCACCUCCGAGAAUGACGACCAGCUGCUCUUCUGUGAUGACUGUGACCGUGGCUACCACAUGUACUGUCUCACACCGUCCAUGUCCGAGCCUCCUGAAGGAAGCUGGAGUUGCCACUUGUGUCUGGACCUGCUGAAAGAGAAAGCAUCCAUCUACCAGAACCAGAACUCCUCUUGAUGUGGCUGUCCCCUGCUCUCCCCCACAUCUAGGGUUGUUUCUUUCCUCUUAUUUUUCACGCCCACCGUCCCUCCUCCAUCUUUCACAAGUCCAGAGAACCUUGGGGUGGUUGUGCCAACCUGCCUUUGGCAGCAGCAAGCUAGGGUGGAGCUCUGACCACCUCUGG